CAACAACUGCUGGACUUGGACGCGACUGCCCUAAUGUCGCUGCCCAUGAACUCGCUGUAUUCCCUCACCUGGGGUGAUUACGGCACCAGUCUCGUGUCGGCGAUCCAGUUGUUGCGCUGCCAUGGCGACCUCGUCGAUUGCACGCUGGCCGCCGGCGGGCGUAGUUUUCCCGCCCACAAGAUAGUCCUCUGUGCCGCCUCGCCAUUCCUACUGGACUUGCUGAAGAACACCCCAUGCAAGCACCCAGUAGUGAUGUUGGCCGGAGUGAAUGCCAACGAUCUGGAGGCGCUGCUGGAGUUCGUCUACCGCGGUGAGGUGAGCGUUGACCACGCUCAGUUGCCCUCGCUGCUGCAGGCCGCCCAGUGUCUGAACAUCCAGGGACUGGCGCCGCAGACGGUGACGAAGGACGACUACACCACGCACUCGAUACAACUACAGCACAUGAUACCGCAACACCAUGACCAGGACCAACUAAUUGCCACAAUUGCCACGGCCCCACAGCAGACGGUGCACGCUCAGGUGGUGGAGGACAUCCAUCAUCAGGGCCAGAUCCUUCAGGCCACGACCCAGACCAAUGCAGCCGGACAACAGCAAACGAUUGUGACCACGGACGCGGCGAAACAUGACCAGGCAGUGAUUCAGGCUUUCCUACCGGCACGCAAGCGCAAGCCACGUGUUAACAAGAAAUCACCUACGGCUUCGAAAAUCAGCAAAGUUGACGGAAUGGAUACGAUUAUGGGCACACCGACAUCUUCACACGGAUCGGGACAGGUUCUGGGCGAGAACGGGGCCGAGGGACAACUACUGACCUCCACACCGAUCAUCAAGAGCGAAGGACAGAAAGUGGAGACGAUUGUGACCAUGGACCCCAACAAUAUGAUACCGGUAACGUCGGCCAAUGCGGCAACUGGCGAGAUAACAACGGCGCAAGGAAGCACAAGCUCUGGCGGCAAUACGAGCGGCGUUUCAUCCACUCCGAAGGCCAAACGAACCAAACAUCCGCCCGGAACAGACAAGCCACGAUCGCGAUCACAAUCGGAACAACCUGCUACUUGCCCCAUAUGCUAUGCUGUCAUCCGUCAAUCGAGGAAUCUGCGGCGCCAUCUCGAGCUGCGGCACUUUGCCAAACCAGGCGUUAAAAAGGAGAAGAAAAGUAAGUCCGGUAACGAUACUACACUAGACACCAGCGCGGAGAUGAAUACCACGGCUGAGGGCGACACUACAGUGAGCGAAACGGGAACUGGAUCGCAAGCGGGCACAACGCCAACGAGAGUAAUAUCCACCAGUGGUAAGAAAACUGGCAGCAGCACCAGCGGCUCUGGAUCAGGUGGCAGCGGACUAAGCUCCAGCGGCGGUGUGCCCCAGGUGCAGGCCGUGCAAUCGCUGCACACGUUGCAAGGUGUCCAGGUGAAGAAGGAUCCCGACGGGCAGCAACAAGCCCAGCAACAGCAGCAGCAACAGCAGCAGCAGGCAAUGGCAACAGCAACAUCUGGACAGGUUCAGCAGCAACAGGUGCAGCAGGUGCAACAAGUGCAACAACAGCAGCAGCAGCAGUUGCAACAUCACCAAAUCAUAGACUCCUCUGGCAACAUAACAACGGCAACGACGAGCGCCCAGGCGGCGGCUGCCGCUCAGCAACAGGCCGGCGGACAGCAGCAACAGCUGGUGGCACAGGCCGGUGAUGGGAGCGAGAGUGGAGGACCGCUGUCCAUUGCCCAGGUUCAGACCCUGCAGGGCCAUCAGAUCAUAAGCAAUUUGAAUCAGGGCAACAAUAAGAACAUUUUGGUAAAGAAGGUUUUCAUUUUGAAAGGCGGUAAUAAUACGUAAUGAUGAGCCAACGAUAUGACCAGCGGCCCUGGAGGAGGAGGAGGAGGAGGGAGCGGGCAGCCGGCGCACCAACAGCAGCAGCAACAUAGCAACACCAGCAACAACAACAACAACAGCAGCAGCAGCAACAUCAACAGCAACAACGGUGCAACAGCAACAGCAACAGUGAGCAGCAGCAGCAACAACAGUAGGAGCAACACACCGUCAUCCGUUGGAACGGGAGCCACAUCCACGCUCCAGCGUCGCAUCCUGCGAGGCCACGCCGCCCAAACAACCAGCGGCGAGCGUGUCCUGCUCAUCAACUACGUGCCACAGACGGGAACUGGAUCUGGAUCGGGAGCAACUACCGCCACCACAUCCACAUCCACCCAGAGCGGCACGUCCCAAAUGCCCACCCGUAAGAUACUCCAGGCCAGAGCCUCGGCAGCAGCAGCAGCAGCCGCAGCGGCAGCUGGGGGUGACACCUCGCCACCACCGGCCACACCGCCGGCCGUCUCAUUUGCUGGCCUCGGCUCCGAGGUGACCGUCACCCUGACACGCACCAAUCAGCGUGCCAGCGUGACGAGUGUCACAGCCGCCGGUCAUAUUGUAAGGAAUCAGCAAGCCACAUAUUCAGCCAACACAGCAUCGUCGUCGACCAGCUCGACAGCGAUCCAUGAGCAUAUAGCCACGCCAACAACGCCACCGCCUCUGGUGUUCACCCAUCAUCCGCACCACCAUCAGCAGCAGCAAUCCCAGCAACACCAGCAGCAUCAUGACUACCAUCAGGAUCACCAGCUGCUGGGUCAGGAGCACAUUAUCAUCGAUCACCAUCAGCAGUCGGAGGAUGAUCAGUUGAUUGAGUACGAUGAUAGCGGGGGAAUGGAGGAGCAGCAUCAUCAAUUGCAACUGCAGGAGGAACUGCACGAUUCCCAGCAGCAGGAUCAUCAUGACGUUGUCCAGGAGGUGUAUCUCCAGUAAGAGAGAUCUAGGAUAGGCUUUUAGUGAAAUAAGUUUUUAGCCAUUUUAUAAAUAACUGAAGGGGGGUUACCAAUAGAUGUGUUUUUAAAGCUUUAAAUUGGCUUUUAAAAUUUUUAACGAAUUUUAUUCAAAACCACUUAGUUAUGUAUUUCAAUUCCACAUUUUUGAAACCCAUCGCUUCAGAUCAUGUAGAUAAAAAUACGCAUAUUUAAUCCAAAAAAGUAACACUAAAAUAGGUCUCUAAGGAUGAUAUUGUAUAUAAAUUUUGGGACAAGUGAGGAGGAAUAUCGGUCUAAAAAUACAUACACAUUGAAGAUAAAAUUCAAUUACCUAGUUAAUAACGUAUACAGAUUAUUUUUGUACUAUACAAGAUAUCCUUGAAAUGUGAAUUUUGGUUCGGAACUUACACUUACACUGCACUCUAAUAGCUAACCAUUGAAGAUCCAAAAGUUAUGGCCAGUUGCAGAUCGAGUGGGAUAUCAUCCAAAAGCGUAAUCAAAUGUAAAGUAUAUCGACUUCAAUUUAGAAAGAAACAAAUUUCGCACAUAAUGCAUACAUAUUUAAGAAUUACAUUCUGAUUGUUUGAUUGAGAGAACUGUUGAUGCGAAAAGGCCCCAGGAAUUCAUUGACCCAUUUGGGUCAAGUCUAUAGGAAGAACGUAGUUAUGUAACCCAGGGUUUGGGGCCAAGGCAAUAAAGCAAGCCGGUUUGUGUACUGAAAUUAA